AUGCAUCUUUUUUUUCAGGUUGCUAUAAUAAUUCCAUUUCGCGAUCGACAAACUCAUUUAACUCGUCUUAUCGACUUUCUCGUGCCAAUUCUCAAACGGCAAUUACUCGAUUUCCGGUUCAUUGUAACGGAACAGUAUGGAAGGGAUUUAUUCAACAAAGGACGAAUAAUGAAUGCAGCUUUUCGAUUUGCUGAACGACUUAAUGUAAGGUGUGUGAUCUUUCACGAUGUUGAUAUGUUCCCGCAGGAUGAUCGCAACUUCUAUGGUUGUCCACCAACACCGCGUCAUAUUGGUGCUUACGUCAGUACUCUUGGAUAUCAGUUAUGGUACAAAGAAAUAGUUGGCGGUGUUCUGGCAAUUAGCAUGGAUGAUUAUAGAGCCGUAAAUGGUUAUUCGAAUUUGUACUGGGCAUGGGGCGGCGAAGAUGACGAUAUGGGUUCGUUUCGCAUGCUUUUUAGGAACAGUGAAAAAAAAUAUGUUCUGCAAACUUUAUAUCGAUAG